AUGAUCAACACGCCGCCCCCGACCCCGCCGCCCCCAACUGCCGUGAAGGCUAACGGGGAAUUGACACAGUGCAAACCGGCCGUGAUGACACAUCCGCCAGAGGGCAAAACGAACACUGAGGCGACAACGACCACUGAGGCGACAAUGACAGAGGAUCACCCAGAGGAACCACUCCGAUGGCGCCGCCCACGGUCGCUGAGAAAGUGGCUGGCACAGGGCGGUGGCGCAAAACGACGAUUUUGCGGCACUCUCCGGGGGAUCAGCCACCUGCCGAGUCAUCCACAGUCGGCCCGACGCCACCUCACGCACGUCACCAAGGGCGUGCCACUCACGCACGUCACCAAGGGCGUGCCACUCACGUACGCCACGCACGACACCACGGGCUUGCCACUCACGCCAGUCACGCACGUCACCAAGGACGUGCCACCCACACACUUCACCAAGGCCGUGCCACCCACGCCAGUCACGCACAUCAACAAGGGCGUGCCACCCACGCACAUCACCAAGGCUGUGUCAUCCACGCCAAUCACGCACGUCAACAAGGGCGUGCCACCCACGCCAGUCACACACGUCAACAAGGGCGUGCCACCCACGCCAGUCACGCACGUCAACAAGGGCGUGCCACCCACGCCAGUCAUGCACGUCACCAAGGACGUGCCACCCAUGCACUUCACCAAGGCCGUGCCACCCACGCCAGUCACGCACGUCAACAAGGGCGUGCCACCCACGCAUGUCAACAAGGGCGUGCCACCCACGCCAGUCACGCACAUCACCAAGGCCGUGCCAGUCACGCACGUCAUCAAGGGCGUGCCACUCACGCCAGCCGCGCACAUCGCAGGGGGCGUCAGGCCCGCCGUUGAAAGCGCCGCGCUUCCGCCCGCCACUGGGUGUGUGCCCCCACCCGCCACACAUGCCGCUGACGGCACCACGACGGCGCCGCCGCCCACCUCGGCUGCCCCCAUGGCGACAGGUGCGGCCCACAAAGGCACCACGACGCCGCCGCCGCCCACCUCGGUCGCCCCCAUGGCAACAGGUGCGGCCCACGCACACACCACGACGCCGCCAGACACACCAGGUUAG